AUGAACCAACCAUCGCGAGCGGAAAAAUUUCUCAUGCCUCCGGGCAGUCGGAAACUCUCGUACACCCCGGACACGAAAUUAGCCAACGCCGGGGAAUUCGUCUUAAUGAGAGAAGAUCACACGCUCGGGAACAUGCUCAGGAUGGAACUGCACAACGACCCGAACGUGGUCUUCGCGGGGUACCAGCACCCACACCCUACGGAUCACCGGAUUUUGAUUAAAGUGCACACGAACGGAGAGACGAACCCGGUGAGGGCGAUGCGAGAGGCCAAUCAGAGAUUGACGGAACAGGUGGAGAGUUUGAAGACGCAGUGGGAGAGCGAGUUGGAAAGCGUGAGAGAUAGCGGGGCGAUUUGA